ACUGAAACGCCUAGCUCUCGCCCUCAAACUCUCCACGAAUUUAGGGUUUCAAUUUCUUCUAGAGGCUCAAUUUCUCGAUUUAAUAUGAAGAAGAUGAAAGUGGGCACCGAAGAUGCAGUGAUCAAAGUCAUCCGGGGAAACCCUGAGAGGAUGGCACCUUUAGUGGGCUAUUUCCCAUCCGGGUUUGAUCCAGACCCGAAUUCAACCAAUGUUGGGGUCUUUAGGCACAAACAAAGAGGUGGUACUAGGCUUCAGCUUGUGGUAACCCCGGAAAACGAGGCCAAGGUUGAUUUCGUCGCAACUAGCUAUGCUGGUGAGGCUCAGGCUGGGGAGUAUUGCUCUUAUGGACUUGGUAUUUUUGAUAAGGCCACCCGCACAUUGAAGAUUGUGCCUAUUGCUAAUAACAAAGUAUUUAGGUUAGAACCAAAAGUUCAAGGCAUUGACUCCUCUAAUGAGAAUGAGAAGCCUGCAAGUUCAGUGAUCGGAGAACUUUCUGAACAUGAGAAGGCAGAAAAGCGUAUACAACUUCAUAAUCUUUAUGGAACAAAGAAGUCCAUACGGAAGAACAAAAAAAUGCAAAUGUUGAAGCGCGAAAAUGAUCCUGAUGCUCAUAAUGAUUUGGAUGUAAUCAAACAAUGUAUGACGACCACGGAGGAUUUGUUAGAAGCUUCUGAAGGCCAUAUGGUUCGCAAUACCCCUCCAUUUAAUGCUUCUGCCACCACUCCCCAGGAGGCUUAUCCACUGGACAAGAUCAUCUCGACAGGAGAGUGGAAAUUCCUCCAAGAUAUCCAUAAGCCUUUAAAAGGGGAAUCUGAACUUCCCCAGUUUGUUAGAAACCGAAUCCAUAAACUGCAGCAGAUUGAGGAUGAAGACAAGAAGAACAAGCUUACUUGUAUUUUCUCGUAUAUUAUGCAUCUUAUAAAGUUCAACGAUCUGCAUUCCAAGGAGCGCCAGGGGAUUUCCUCUGAGAAGGCCUCCUCUGCAAAGGCUCACAGAUUCCCAGGCAUCAUAAGGGACAAAUUUGCAAGCAUGUUUGAUGCAGAGUCAGGAAGUCUAUCAACCGAAAAACGUAAUCUUCUCAUUAGUUAUGUUCUGGUUCUCACUCUAUUUGCGGAUGAAUUUCAAAUAAGUUUGACAGACAUAGCAACUGAUCUGAGAAUGAAAAGUCCAGAUUUGAGGAAGCAUUAUGAGGCCUUGGGCUGCAAGGUGUCUAAGAAGAAUAACUUAUUAACUGUUACCCUUCCUGUCCCCCUCCAAUUUCCAUCACUGAAGCGGAAGCGAAGCAAUAGAUGAAUUUGAUUUCAGUGAUUGUUGGACAGCUUUUAUGGAAGAACAUGGGCACUAGAAAUCAAGUUCCAAGCAUAUCUCUCUAGUGUAAAGGGAUUCUUGUUUGUUCUGAACUUAUGAUGAAUUGAUCUUCCUAUUUAUCUGGUAAUACUUUAAUGUUACCCAAACAGUUUCUAAUUCUUUAAUUCGUACUUUGAUGCCCUCUGGCUUUUCCCUUGCACAACGAA